AUGAGGGCUUUCAACUUUAUUCUACCUGUGGUGGCAAUAUUGACAAUUGCUCAAUUGGUGGAUGCUAACACAAAUGUGGUAUCUACUACCACUUCCACGAAGCCGAGUACUAGAAUACAUGUUCAUCAUAUGCAUAGAGCUUCUCCUACGUCGGGAGGUGGUGCCACCUUAGUGACGAAAGGCCCACAGACAACAAGUAUGAUAGCUGAGAAGAGGGAUGAUAUGCCUACCAUUUCAGAGUCAGAAUCUCAGUCGUAUUCUUACAGUUUAGCUAUACCAAAUGCUAGCAAGACAUCGAAUUCAAGAAAGGAUCCAUAUAUCUAUAGGUCUAGCUUGCCAGAAAACUUAGUAUUCAUAGUGGUGGGUGCUAUCAUCCUCUUCAUAUUGUUGUGUUUUAUUGGUUACAGAAUUACAGCCUACAUACUAUCGAACAAAAGGGCAAAAGCUGAUAGAGAAGUUUAUUACAACUUUGGAUACAAUCCGGGAAGUGGUGCUUUCGGCAGCGAGAGUUCCAAUUCCUCGAUGCUCGAAAAAUCGUCGCUCGGCUCCGUGUCAAGUCUCCAUAUGUUGUCCCGACACAAUUCUCUCCUUCAGUUACAACAUGAAACUGACAACAUCACAUUAUCCAAUUCGCAACAAGGCAGGUCCUAUAGAAAUGCUGUGAGCGACAACAAAGCCAACAGAGGUUCUAUGUUCAUCAGUCCAGUACUAGAACUUAUGAACACAAAAUCCAACUCUCAAUUGGAAUUACCACUCUAUCAUAAAAACGCUUCUCAAACGUUUAACAACAGUCUGGCAUCGCUUAUACGGAAUCUGGAAAUGAUGGAUUCUCCAGUAAAUGAUUUCCACCCAAAUAUGAACCACAGCAAUGCUUCGUUCAAUGAUUUGCAGCUGGUGCAAACGCAAUUGCAAACCCAGCACCCACAAUCGAAGCUCAAGAGACCACCAUCCAUGGUAUUGGAUAAUUUAAUUAACUAA